GCCUAAUUUAUACGCUGGUAAUUUGAUACUGUUACAAUGUCAUAGUUCAAUGGUUUUGUUGAAACAAUAGUUUAUAUUUGGUUACAAUAUAUUAUAACCUGGCAAAGUGUUAAAGCCGAUAAACGGCUAAGAUAGAUUUUAACUGAUUUUAUCCAUAGCAAAUUAAUCGAGGGAUACAAACAGAAGUGUUUACAGAAAACAUGGCGUCUACCGCAAGAUCUCAGAAAAGUAAGAAAUCUAUGUUAUCAGUUGAAGUUGAGUUUCCCUGUGGACCAUGUAAGGCAGACAACAAGAAUCUUGAAGCAUUUGGUUUUUGCCAGUUCUGUAAACACUACCUCUGCAAAUCUUGUUAUAGCUAUCACUCCAAUCUUGGAAAAAUUCACAUCUUACUAGACCGGGAAACCAUGCCGAGAGAAGCACCCACUCCAGUUUUAACCUCUGACCCACUUGUUGAAACAUGUAAACAACAUAAACACAAGACCAUAGAAUUAUACUGUAAGAACCAUGACGAAGUUUGUUGUGUUAUAUGCGCUACAAGCAAGCACAAGCCAUGCGAGUGUUUCUACAUUCCAGAAUACACGGAACAAUUAACACAAUCACCAGCUGAAGAUUGCUCCCUCAUUCUAAAAUUGAUCAAAGCUCUGAUUGGACAGUUUGAAAAUGUACGAUCAGAGUCAGCCACACGCCUGAAAGAUCUGGAUCGCCAAAAGCGUGAAUUUAGCAUGGCCGUUAGAAAGUACAGGAAAGAGAUAGACUUUGCUCUAGAACAACUCGAGAAACAGGUCAUCAGCGGGAUGAAACAAGUUGUCGAUAUAAAUACCAAAGAAAUAAAUGAUAACAUCACAAAAUGUGACGAGGCACUUAAAGCUUUGAACGAAACAGUAACUGAUGCCGAAAUGGCUGUCGAAUCAAGCGGAACCAACAGGGUGUUUACACUUUCUAAAAUUAGCAACAAAUUACUACAAGAAAAUAAUGUAGUUCUGAAAUCAGUGCGUUCUGGUAGUGUAAAUUAUGAGAUAAAAUUUGAAGAAAAUACCGAAAUUCUGAAAAACAUUCGUAAAACAAAACAAUUCGGCAAAGUUUCGGUAAAGAAGGAACAAGUAAGAUUUGAAGAUGAACAGUUAGAGAAAGGAACAGAAAAUGAUAAUAAACGCAAAAGUCCAAAAAGUGCCAAAAGUGGCGAUAGUUCAUAGCAUGUAUGGAAAUUAUUCAUUGUUGAUACGUUUUGAGAAAAUAUCCAUAUUAAAACGGAAACACAUUUUCAUUAGUACAAG